UAACAGUUAACGCAUGUGUAAGCUUUUAUUAUUGAAAGACAUAACUAUAUAUGUAAAAAUUUAUUGCCAAUGAGAGUUGACCUACUAAAGACAGGUAAGAUAUAUGAACUCAGGCCUAUGCAAAAAAGCAUUCAUUCACUGUUAUCAAAAAAUACAACUUAGGAACCCAGCGAAUAUUCAUAAUACUGCACUUAAAUAUUAAUGUUCGCGUGAAUUAUAGGAAGACCAAUUUCAUGUGAGCAGAUGCUCUUCUGCAAAUAAAUAAACAAAUAAUUGCGAUUUUCUAUUCAACUCAGAUAACACUCCAUCGUAGAGGAAUUUAGUAAUCAGUUACACAUUAUUAGUAGGUGAGGGACCGAAAAGACAACGUAUGUAUGGAUGGUAAACCGCUUUAAUCCAUUUUCGAGGUUUGGGUUGAUUUGUUUAUUAGUUUUGAUUAAUAUUAAACGGUGGUAUUCUUCACUUUGAAAGAAGUUUGUUAUAAUACUUCAUAUGACACACAGUAGUUCUUCUGCUUUUAAUUAACGAUCAACUUAGAAAAGAAUUCCUUAAGCAAACCCAACAAAGCGAACAAAUGAGGAAUAAAAAUGGAAAUAUAUGUGUGGUAAAAUUAGGAUCGUAGAUUGUAUUGUGGUUAAAGAAAGUGGUAGUUGAUUAACUUGAUAUCUGUAACAAAAGAAAGAGGGCCGCCUGUGUUAUGAAUAUCUGUUGCAUUCUUUUGCUCACGUUCUUAGUCUUCAUUUCAAUCCAGUCUAAAAAACAUCCUUUAUCAUCUUUCUCAAAAUGUCGAGCUGAUAUAGUUGUAGCUGGCUUGUUUCCCAUUAAGAUUGCAACAGCGAAACAAAAUGCAAGCACAAGGGAAUGUAUCGGUGAAAUAAGCUCUCAUGGCAUACAAGAAGCAAUGGCUAUGGUGUAUGCUGUUUACAGUAUAAACAAAGCGAAUGCACUCGUUCCUAAUUGUACUAUCGGUGUAGAUAUUGCUGACUCCUGUGAUGCAAACGAACACGCCAUUAGAAAGUGUUUACAAUUCAAUUUUGUAAAAGCUGCUAUGAGAAACGAUUAUUCGUACGUGAACGAUUUUUAUUAUUCCCCAUAUCGUUUAAGAAGUAACACGGUUGCGGUAGUGGGCAUUCGUAAAAGCAGUAUUAGUAAUAGUAUCGCUACAAUGACGAAUUUAUUCGGCGUGCCAACGAUAAGUUACGGGUCAACCGAUCGUAAAUUGAGCGACAAGGACAGAUUCCCAUCGUUUGCGCGUACAAUUCCGACCGAUAAAUUAUUAGCUAAAGCAAUUUCGGCGUUGAUUCGGAAAUUAAAAUGGAAUAUUGUUUAUGCGAUUCAUGAUAUGACGGAUUACGGACUAGCUGGUUUCUCAAGCUUUCAAAAAUAUAUUGAAGAUAGCAACUUAGAAGCGAAGGAUAAAUCUGACAAAAUAUGCAUUGCUAAAACCUUCAGUCUAAAAAGCAUUACGGAAAACACCACCAACUUUGAGGAAGCAUUGAAGGAAGAUUCUUUUGUGCGAGGGUUUGUUUUGUUUCUACAUAAAGAAAAAGCAACCGAGUUGUUGCUUCAAAUAUUCAGCCUUAACUUAACGUCAUAUACUUGGAUUUUCUCUGAAGGAAUUGAUGUGACAUAUAAGCUCGAGAAAAUGUUUUCAACCUUCCACACAGGGAAUGUUGUCAUAUCUCUUCAACCUGCAAGUUAUGAUUUUCUUAGAUCUUCAAAUCUAGCAGAAUACAAGCGUUUUGUUGAAGAGAACAUUGUCAACACCGAAUUGUACGAUCUUAUACCUUUUCUAAAGGAGUGCGUCCAGAAAAAUUGUUUAUUGCUGAAGAAGCCGUCAUAUUUUUUACCAUAUGUAAUUGACGCUGUAUACGUGGUUGCACAUACCUUGCAUGAUAUGGGUGUUUGCUGCGGGAAGUUAUGUAAUCCUGACCAGAAUUUCGAAGAAUUUGGUGGUUUACGAAUGCAGGAAAUCUUAAAUGUUACGUUCCAUAGCGCACUUGGCUAUAGAUUCGAAUUCGACAAACACGGUGACGUCAUGGGUCAGUACGACAUUAUGAUGCUAAAGGAAAGUCCGGUACCGAAACUAGAAUUAGCGGGUAUUUGGGACAGCAGAAAGCCAGCGAGUAUCAAAUUAAAAUAUUUACAAGAGAAAAUUACGUUAUUGGAAUUGUUGCAAAACAACCCGGUUUCCACAUGCGAUGUUGCAUGUGGGAACGGCAUGGGUAAAGAAGCAAGUGGCAGGCAUCCGGAAUGCUGCUCAGUAUGCGUGGAAUGUCAACCGGAUGAAUAUAUAAGUAGUAAAUCUCAAGCGUGUGAACCAUGCCAAACAUUUUUCACUCCCAAACCUGAUAAAUCAGCAUGCGUAGAAUUAAAAAUAAACACGAUUAAAUACAACGACAAGAUCGGCAUCGCUUUGACAACAUGUGCUGUGUCGGGACAAAUCAUAGUGAUUUUUGUCAUGUCGGUGUUUUGUAAAUAUCGACGAACUCAUAUUAUAAAAGCUUCGAGUUGGGAAAUAUCGGUAACGAUGCUUGUUGGAAGUCUUCUGUGUUACGCCUCGCCAUAUGUAGUCAUAGGUGAUAUAAGUGAUACAACGUGUCGAGUAAAUCUGAUUGGUUCAGGGUUAUCGCUCAGCUUGCUGAUUGGCGCAUUAUUUGUAAAAACAAAUCGUAUUUACAGAAUUUUUAGUAAAGAUGUUCUUCGAAAAGGAACGCCAAAAUUUCUCGGGCGUGGAUGGCAGCUCUCCAUUGUAUUGCUGAUAACAUCCUUUGAUUGCUUGCUAUCUGUUUCAGUAGCUUUUUAUCCCCUCGAUCCUGUUCGUUAUGAACGAAUGCACUCCUCCGCAGAGAACAUCGCGUAUGCGUUAUGUUAUUAUGGAAAAGGAGCCGCAGGGGUGUGGUGGAUGUUUCAUUGCAUUUUGGUUUUUAUAUGUACUUAUCAAGCAGUUUUGACGCGAAAAGUUCCAGGUAAUUAUAACGAAGCCCGGAACAUUAUGCUGGCUAUGAUGGCAAUAAGUUUAGAGAUGCUGUUCGUUUUACCAAGUUUCUAUUACGGAACAAUUGGAUUUUAUCGGCAGCUAACUUUGGCGAUAAUUAAUUUGGUAUCAGCGUCGAGUACACUCUUUUUCAUGUUCUUACCGAAAAUAUAUAUUUUGUUCUUUCGACCUUCCGAAAACAAAGAACAUCUGCCGCACGGCACAUUAGGGAGUUUUGCUUCUAUCCGACACGAGGAAGCGACAUUUGCAAAACGACGGAAACUAGAUGACGUUGACGACGAGGUGUCAAAAGCAACAAUAUCCAGCCAGUUGUACAAAGAAGUGGCUGUAAUUUCCAACACCCGAUUGUAAAAUCGGAAAAGAAAAAUGCCCAGACUUCUUGUCCUGUUUUUAGAGUCAAAAACUGUUUUCUUUUCUGCCUUUCGAGUAUUUUGAGAAUUGAUGUUGAAUUUCGCUUGAAAUUUAAUGACGCGAAACUAUUCUGUCAGUAUAUGGUGCGAAAUCGUUCUUCAACGAAACUAAAAAAAUACGAUCGACUGAUGACAGAAAGUAUUCGGGUUACAAAUACAUCAUGCAAAAUAAUAAAAACGGGACACUCUCAACGUUCAGUGACCUAGUGUUAUGGCAAGGUGGUUCCUCCUUGGUCCGAAUAUGUAUAAUGAAUAUAAUAACGAAUAUGAAUACGAAAAAAAAAAUGACGCGAAAUUUUCUUGUUAAAUGGUGCGAGAAUUUCUUUGACCAUCAACGUUGUUUUGAUGAAACAUGACAACGAGAAAGUCUUAAGAUUUUAGUUUUCACUUCGAACUUUGACGUCCUUCAAAACAACAAAACUCCCUUACGUGACCUAAUGAUAAACAACAUACUUCCCCCAUGGUCCGAGUCCGAGUCUUUUAUAACGAUAAAUUGAAAGCGAAAAAUUUUUUGUGUUUAAAAUUUGAUGUCAUAUUUCACGAAAAUUAUUUUGACGAGUUUCUUUAUCUUUUGACUGGAAUUUCCUGGAAGUUAAAAUGAUGUCAAACUAAUAGCGAACGUGUCUACUACUUUCUAACUUUUUAAAAAUCAAAAAUUUUGUCCCUUGCUUCACCAGGAUUUUACGAUUUUUUCCUCAAAGACCUCAGAACUAGGUUGCUCAAUAGACGGGAGAUUGAUUUUAAAAACACAACGCGAUAUUUAGUAAUAAGAUAUAUAAAAUUUUUAAAAUUUUGAAUUUCUGUAUUAUACAUCGCCAAAUAUUUUUGUUAACUAUGUUACAAUAAAUAGCUUAAGAAUUGUUAAAAAAUUUUCUUUUUUCUCAAUAAAUUACGUAUAUUUACUUUUACAAGUUUUGUUUUUAAAUUUUACUGCAAAAACCAACAUUAUAUAUA